GUAAAUGGGCUAGGCGUCGAAGCCUCUCCGCAUAAGACACGGGCCUACGUCCAGUCGUCCACAGAUCGGAGGAGAGAGCACUGACUCGUCUCCCUUCUCGUCUCCAGCGACGGCGAAGGCGAAGCGGAGGAGCGGGAGCAGAAACAGAAGAGGCAGCCAUGGCCGUGAUGGAGAAGCUCAAGAUCUUCGUUGUGAAGGAGCCUGUUGUCGCAGCUUCCUGUCUCAUCGCCGGAUUCGGUCUCUUUCUUCCAGCAGUUGUCCGGCCAAUCCUGGAUUCAUGGGAGACCGCAGAAAAAGUUCCUCCACCACCUCUAAAUGAUGUGGUUGCGGGUGUCACCGGCAAGAAAAAGUAGUGAACUUGCAUUGUUUUCUCAUGUCGAUGCUGUCCCACAUUUUCUUCCCCAUGUUUUUCUGGCGUCCAGAUUGGAAGGCUCUCCAAAGUCACGGUCUCCAAAGUGACAGCUUGCUUGAUUUUAAACAGUAUCGACAGUGUUUUGUCUCUACACAGAUUGCAGAUAUAGCGGUUUAAACAGUUCGCUUUAAUCCGAAACGAACAGGCUAUUUUACCUGAAUCAUAUACUGCAAUGUGUCAGUUUUAGAAUUUUCCCCCUAAAACAAAGGUUGAUAGAAUGUCAUCAGCACCUUUUGAAUUGUGUUCUUCGUUACCAA